CACGUGUGGAGCGAAAGUGAGGAUUGCUUACCUUUUCUGCAGCUCGCACAGGAUUACAUCUCCUCCUGUGGGAAAAAGACACUCCAUGAAAUAUUGGAAAAAGUCUUCAAAUCCUUCAGACCUUUACUUGGGCUUCCAGAUGUUGAUGAUGAUGCGUUUGAAGAAUAUAAUGCAGAUGUGGAAGAAGAGGAACCAGAAGCCGAUCACCAACAGAUGGGUGUCAGUCAGCAGUGA